AUGCAAUUAAAUAGGAAAAAAGUUGAUUUAAAGUCAGAUUCUGUGAUAAAAUUGAUGAUAUUAGCUUCUCAAACUGCGACAUUGCUUACACAACAAAUUUGUUUCGCUAAAUAUAAUUAUUGUAUUUUAACUUCACAGUUGCUUGAAAAAGAUUCAAAUAAAGGAUCGAAACAUGUCGCAUUGAACGAAAAAACAAGUUGA